CGUAACAUCAGAUUUUUGAACGAGUAGCCGCCGCUGCUUUACAUUUGAUCAAGAAAACAGAUGUUUUGUGACAUAAAAUCAUCUGUUUUACAUACAUAGAAUGAAGUGCGUAUUGCUAACGCUCUGUAUUCUAGUUGUUAUGGAAUAAAUCGUUAUACAAGUACGUUAAAACCGAUAUAAGUGACGUUCGAAUGAAAUGUAAACAAAGGUAACGUUCAAUAUCAUGUAUUUCGUGAGUGUCUAAAAAAUGCAUUUGAACAGAUAAGCUUGUUGUUCCGUGCAUGUUAUCCACAAUAUUAAAUUACAAACGACGUUUAAUGGUCCUUAAAUAUGGAUCCGUGUAAGAACUGACACUUGUGACAGAUCCUGUGUGAGAUUGUCUCAUCAUGGACGACUCGGACCAGGACUUCACCGACCUCUGCUCUCGUCUGCUCAAAAGAGUGAGGAAGAGAGGAGCAUCUGGAGAUGAGAAGAGACCAGCAACCAAGGAUGAGGAGCAGGAGCCGUCCUCCCCCUCUUCUAGAAGAAAACCCCCUAAGAGGAGGAGGAAGAAGACUGAUAUGAAGCGUAAGCUCAAUGGCAGGACUCAGCCCGCACCUGAAGUGUCUGGCUAAGGGAGAGUCAAAGAUGCAGUGAUCCAGAGGAUGCAGCGGUUUGAGAGAGCCAGUCCAGAGAGACUCCUGCAUGCAGAGACUGAUGGGAACCAUCUCCCCACUGCGGGGAUCCAGCGCACAGGUGGUAAAAACAGAUGUAAAGCCCAAUUAUUAUUAUUAAAGAAGUCAAUGGCUACCGUCAGCUGUUUGGUUACCAGCAUCUUUCAAAAUGUCUUCAGAAGAAAGAAAUUGUUAUCGGUUUGGAAUGAGAGUGAGAGAGAAAAGGUCCAGUCUCUUGAAGUAACUCCAGUCAAGAAAUUUCCAGUUGAGGCCGAUUCAGUCCAGGAAAAGCUUUCGGAUCCGAGCCAGACUAGCCGUCCUCUCACCCCCUGUUUGGGUACACCAGGCUCCCAGCCUCUGCAGGACCUGAUGGUGCUGGCUGAGGAAGGCAUGACCCUCACCCAGUAUAGAUUCACGUUCGCAGGGGACAAGUCAGUUAAAGACAAUGCUGUGGAUAAACUUCCCUCAAGAGGUUUUAUUCCAGAGACAAAAGACAAGACGCCGCCCAAGGAAACCUCAGUGUUCGUUACAAAGCUAGCAUCAGAUCUGAGCAGCAUGGUGAACAACCCUCAGCUCAGUGAUGUGCAGUUACAGGUGGACAGCAGGGACGUUUUCUUCAUUUCAUGCCCACUGCUGGCCAAUAUGGUUCAUGACUCAGGUUUUGGGGUUCAGGAGGAGGGUAUGCCUGUCUCUCAGAGGGUGUUGUUGGGUAAUGUGCUUGGGGAGGCAGUACUGGCCCUCCUGCAGUAUCUUUACACAGCCCAUCGUCCUCUGACACACACACUGCUACCCCACAUACAGGAGCUCGCCGAAAGGUUUGGUUUAGCUGAGCUGCAGCAGUGUGAGGAAUAUUCUGGAGGUGUUGGGGAAGACCCAAGAGAGGAAUCUGAAGGCAUGUUUCCAGCACCGGAGCCUCAUCUUGGGGACCAAGAAGAUCAGAACUUGGCAGAAAACAACUUUUUGGAGCUCCUCCAAUCAAUGUGGCAGCACAGGGACAGCGAAGAAGAGGAUGCUUUCAAAGAGACUGGCGGAGAGGAAGGAGACAUGGCAGAGGAGCGAGAGAAAGAAGAUGAAGAAAAAGAGGACCGUGAGAUCUAUGAGUUUGCAGCGACACAAAGGAAGAUAGAGACGAUGCUGGAGGCUACGACCAAGACCGAAGAAUAGGAGGGAGAUGCAAAUACAUCCCUCAGAAAUGAGAAGAAAUAUGAGACUAAAGACAGGAAUGAGACCGAAUCCCUCUCAGAGAAAUCUGCCAACAGUUGUCAUAGUAACAAACAGGGCGUGGACGGGAUGGAGGCUGCCAUGGUAACAAGUCCACCAGAAGAAACCAUUAAAAACCCCAAUUCUGAGACUGAGAGAGUUUGUUUGAUUUCAGAAUUAGAUGAACUCGAAACCUGUGUGAAACAAAAAGGUGAUGGUGAUGGUGAUGCUUCCAAGCAGGUGUCAACUGAUACAGAAGCCAGAUCUGGCCCAUCAGAGCACUGUAGCCCUGGGAUUGCGAAUGAAAGUGUGUUUGAUGGCUCUGCUGAGGUUUCCUGGCUGAUUCCAGCCACUCCGGUACCAUCCACACGCUGUAGCUCUUCCCAGACCUGCAUCAGCAUGCGCCAAACCCAACUCUUCCCCAACUCAUCGUCCUCUUCUACCUCUUCCUCUGCCUCGGGUGGUUUGAAACCUGCUAGCUUUGAUUCUUCAAGCAGCUGCUGCUUAAAAGAGAAGCCAGUAUCCUUGCCUGAAUUGCCCAAAUCUCAUCUGAAUCCCUUUAAAGAACGUCAUAGCACUGAUACAAAUAGCUCUCCAGGUUUUCAGAGACCACUUCACCAUUUCAGACUCCCUCGGGUUCCUUCUACAUAUGUUUCUGAUGGCUCCCACAUUGGCAGGAUCAUGGGACAACGAACCCAGGGUGUCUCCAAGCCCUCAAGUAGCACUCCUCUCCAUUCAGACUCUUCCUUAAAACAUCAGAUCCCGUUUGACUCCCCUGUGGUUGAUGACUGUGAGGUUUGGCUCAGGGAUAGUAGAGCUAAUGCUAGAUCAUUCGGCAGUCAGGGAAAAGUUGUCUUAGUGUCUCUACAACGGAGUUAUUCUUCCCCUAGUAAGACACCUGAGAAGAAGCAGAGUAGCUCUCUUGAGCAGGGAUGCUCCAGUCCGUCCCCGAACUCUCAAAGCUACAGUCAUCCAGAAAGAUGCAAGAAGAGGGAGAACGAUGGGGUAGAGCGAAUGGAAUUGGGAGAGAAUCCAAAUCAAAGUGAUGAAGAAUUGGUGGAUGUUGCGGGAAACUCUUUAAGUGACAUGGAUGAGCCUGGAAGAAAAGCGGGAGAUGAAAAUCCGAAUCAAAGUGUUGACAAAUUGGUGGAUAUUGCAGGAAACUCAUUCAAUGAUAUGGAUGGGUCUGGAAAAAGAGUGGGAGAAGAGAAUCCAGAUCAAAGUGUUGACGAAGUGGUGGAUAUUGCAGGAAACUCAUUUUGUGGCAUGGACGAGCCUCCUAUAGUGUUUGAUGACUCCUGGGGUUUGGAUGGGGGAGGUGGAAGCCAGAAACCCUGCUUUAGUCUACGGCUUGACAGCAGCGAAGAUAUAGUCAGUCCACCAGGUCUCGAGGGUAAAGGACCAAUGCCCACGUCUCAUCUUGAUUCUGGAGCUUGUACCAAAACUCCUGAUCCAAGUCCGGGUCCAUUUAAUCACAGCCUACCUGACCCUGACAUGUGGGAUGACUGGGAAGUAGAGGAGGUGGCUUCCCUUCCUCUUUCUCAGAGGUUGAAAGCUCCCUCUGCCAAGAGAGUUGCCGAACUAAAGACUCCAGUUGCUUGCAGAAAGAGGAAUAAAGGGCCGCUGGUGCCCUUUUCUCCCAUGCCAGGCUUUUCCGAUAUGGACACACCAGAACUAAAAAACACACUCAACAAGUUUGGCGUGCGUCCACUGCCCAAGAAGCAGAUGGUUCUGAAGCUGAAAGAGAUCCAUCAAUACACCCACCAGCUGCAGAGCUCAGAGUCAGAGGAGGAGACCUCCGGACCCCAACGCCCCCCGAAUGCCUCCAACUCCCAGUCUGCUCCGCUCUCCUUUAAGCAGCCUAUAGCGCCCCCUGCUGAUGAGCUUUUAUCAGCCUCUCAAGACUCGAAUACAUCCUCCACUGCGGAGUCUGACAGAUACAGCUCUUACACGACUAGAUACAUAAUUAAUACUACAAGGAAACGUAGUUCAAUGUAUUUCUUCUUCUCAGAUCAAACCCAGAGCUGUGUGUGUCUGAAGACGAUGACUCGGAAAGCGAGGGCAUCACGGCUGUUGUGCGUGAGAAGGACAAACUCCUGGCAGUUAAUCAGUUCAUCCUAUCCAACCCCAAGCUGUACGCACGAGUGCUGCAGUACCAGCCUCUCUCCCUGGCGGAGCUGCAGUCCAGCUUGAAAGCAGCGGGCAUCAGCAUCACUUUUUUUGCAAAGAUCUGCCGAGAAAAACAGACAUCUCACAUUCUAACAAAAAGAGAAAAACAGAAGAAAAAUCUCCGAUCAUCUUCUGUGUGCAUGAGAGAGAGUCCGGGUCUGGCUGGGCAAACAGUUCCACAGGAAGUGUGCAAAUCUCUGGCAUGAUCACCUGAGCUCAUCAGGAGAGUCGAGCUGCACUGGACCGCUCAGCCACAUCUCAUGCCCCAUCAUGCACCUGUCAGGACAGGUUGGCAAUGUUGGCCAGGAAACGUUGGGCCCACCACUCCUCGAGAUCAAUAGGCACAAAAUCUGGAAAAAAGAGACUGGGUGAGUUCUCUUAGAUCUUACCAUAUUUGAAUUUAACAACAGCACACAAAAUAUGUGGAUUUUUUUCCCUCUUUUGUAGCGUGGAAGCAGCUUUUCUUCACAACAGAUCCUUUUGUGCUCCAGAAACACAUUAAAACAGGUUAAGAAUGGCAUGAGGGCGAGUAAACGACAAUUUUUAUUUUUACUUGGAAUAUUUGAAUUUGUGUAUCCUAAAGACAGAGGA